AUUAAGAGGCUCAUCUGAGAGGAGUGUGUGUGUGUGAGUGUGUGUCUCUCAGACGGCUGUGAGCUGAUGGAGCGCUCUGAUGGAGACGAGUGUCUGCUGCCCGACACAGACUUCAUGAUCGAUGAGCAGAGCUCUCACGCCAGUGGGAUGGAGGUGAUGGAUCGCCUCACGUUCCUGGAGCAGCGCGUUCAGAUGCAGGACGAUGAGAUCCAGCUGCUGAAGAUCAACAUGACCGACGUGCUGAAGAGACUCAACAUCUCAGAAGAGCACAGGAGAGCUCCUGCUAAAGCGGCUCGUCCUGCGUCUCUGUGUCUGGCUCCUAAAGCAGCCAUCAGCUCUUCUUCCUCCUCUCUGAGGAAGAGCUCCAGCUCCACGCUGCCCUCCUCACCCUCCUCCAGGAACUACAGCCCAGCGCCCGGCGCAAAGAGGACUCCUGCUGCAAACACUGAAGACACUCAGAGCACUAAAGCAAAGACGAGCUGCUGCAGGAAAGCACUGGAGAUCAAACCAAAGGAAACAAGUGCAGCAAAAACAGGCUCCAGACGAGUCUCUCACUGCAAAGUGACUCUGCAGAUCUCUCUGUCCGGAAGGACUGGGUCAGCUGAAUCCGCAGUCAAAGCAUUCGUCCAGAAGCCCUCGCUCCGGGACGCCCCGAAACACAAGAGUCCCAUCAAAUCCCCCAGUCAAUACUUCCAGAUCUGUUACUGAAGAGCCGGCUCUCACA